AUGGCUGCCGAUGCUAAUGGUCGUUCUUUGUUGGGAAACCGCGCGAGGCCAGAGCUUGCCCGAACUGUCAAGUUCCCUUCACUGAUCAGGGCUGAGCAUGGUUACGGGUUUCACAGCGUAGACCGCGACGUGCUGGAUGCGGCGCGGCUCGAUCGUACCCAGAUUGAUGCCUACAUAGCGGCCUUAGAGGGCGCUGUAACUGCUGGAGCAUACACUGAAGAACAGCUAGCAAAAGACCGACUCAACUUCGCAACAGUCGACUCAACUACCGUCCCUGAAGAGAACCUACUACACCCGAGCGAGGAUAUCAAACCUGCGGCCAAGCUGGAGUUCGCGUUUCAGUACUAUCAGGAGCAGGAAGCGAAGGUGGCCUCGACCGAAGGACUCACUCGCAGACAUUUCUUGCCAGGUCACUUAUGGAUUCUUACGGAGACUGUUGACAUCUCGGGUAGAGUAAGAUACUUCUCAAUGCAACCAUCGGUUGUCUUCAAUCGCCAUGCUUUCAUUUUCGACAAAUUUGAGUGA